CCACUAUUCACCAAGUACAUUUCCGGACGUCACGUACCCUUUUGCAGCGCCGCACUUGAUGUCGGACGCUGAGCUAGGAGCUGGUGUUGCGGCUUCCCCAUCGGCUUCUAAGGCUUCUAAUGCACAUGCGGAACCACCUUUUGCACUGCAACAGGAGAUAGAGGCCUCGAUCGAAGCCCGUACUUCGCCCAAUGACCUGCAACUGACUGACGAUAUUCUACGCCAAUUAAUGGAGACUCAAGGGAUUCGCGACGAGAGAGUGCUGCAAGAAAUGCUAUCUACCGCUCCGUACAAUGUUAGUGACUCGUACGAGCUGGUGCAACACCGCGUGAAGAAGCUGAUGGACGAGACUUUAAUGCAUACGUCUUCAGACAAUGGUGUGGACACGGUUGAGAACGAGAAAACAACAGCAACUAAUGCGGUAGGAGACGCUGGUAAGGCUCAGAAUCCAAUGGAUCAAAAGAAAAAAGAAGCAGAACAGCGAGAUCACGACAGAGUUGCGCGAGACUUGGACAUGUUGGCAAACACCGUGCGGUCGAUCGCCACAGAUGUGGUGGAGGCGGAAGCCCCCUUAGUAAACGGAGAAAACUCCAUAGAGACAAAUAGCAGUGCUGCUGGGAACGCUGAAGUGGAGACCGAGACACAAAAUACCCAUAAACCAAGUGUGAACAGCAAUAAAAGUGCACAAAUGACAAAUAUUGCACAGGUCACGACUCAAGAUAUCAGCGAUGCGGUCAUUACUAUUGACCCCUCUUCAUCAGACGCCCCCGAAGUCUGCAACACUCCAGCAACAAAGGGAAACUCAACUAAGCGCAUAAGAACGAACGAAGGAAAGGCAACUCAUGCGCGAAAGAGACAGAAGCGCGCUGAGUAUUCUGUUGAGACUCGCGCAUUGUGCGUUCGUCGGCACCAGACAGAGGGGAAGUCGUAUGCGGCCAUCUCAAAAGAACUGGGAAUUCCUCACGAUUCUGUGCGAGCUAUCGUUCGCAAGGCCAAGCGCACAGGCAGUGUCGUCUCGGCUCCACGUAGUGGACGUCCUCGAAAAACCAGCGGGAUCGUCGACAAAGUCAUCCUUGAAGCUGUUAGAUCCAACAAACAGUGCAGUGCGAAAUCGAUCCAAGAAGAAUUAUUGCGUGUGUAUGGAGUCAAGCUGUCACCAGAGACUGUGCGACGACGGGUACUCGAGCACACCAAGCAGCGGAUUCAGUCUAUCUCGAACGGGUCUUCAGCUUUGGAAGACAAAAGUGGAACUACGAGUACUGUGGCUCCAGAAACACCCACAACGCCUUCGCAUGAUGAUUUAGCAGCCUUGAAUACGUCCGAGCGGGAAAUUUCGACAAUUGACAAACGAACAAACAAAGUGGCAACGAAUAUUCCAACCAAAGACAUGGGCUUAGACCCCGACGAAAUGCCCAAUGUACCAUCCCAAUUAAACGAAGAACGCUCGACUCCCAAGCGCAAGAAGCGUGGAGAGUACAGUAUCGAAAAGCGUGAGCAGUGUGUAUCACUCCACGCUCAAGGUCAAGGGUAUCGACGGAUCGGCAAGACGUUAAACAUGCCGCACACUACUGUGCGUGCUAUUGUGGAGAAAGCUCAGCGUACGGGCACGGUUCUUCCUGCCAAACGCAGUGGCCGACCACGUAAAACAGACGCGAUUGUGGACAAAGUUAUCUUGCAGGCGGUUAAAACCAACGAGAGGAGCUCAGCAAGGAUCAUCAAAGAGCAACUGCAAGCAGCGUACGGUGUGCGUGUUUCGUGUGAAACAAUCCGCCGACGCGUGAAGGACCACAGCCGCCAAUGUCUGUCAUCCGCUCUGGAUGCCAGUCCUGAUAUGCUGUCUAGUUCUGGAGCUGUCGAUGCUUUAUCUCAAGGGGAAAAUUUAGAGACGGGAGCGACAAUGCCGAGUUCUCCAUCAAUGCCAGCAUCAACCUUGAUGACGUUUGUUGCAAAUGGAGUGCAUAUUUAGUGUGGAAAGUGCCAUAAAAAAAAUGAUUGCAGUGUUCUACAUGUACAAAAUUUCUUUGUGCAAGAAUGACAAAAGGAAUGCGGUUUAUAUUAUCAUACCGAUAGCCGUGGCUACUUUAUUAUUGAUUUAAAACGUUUAAACCCUGUGAUGCAAAACUAAAACUCGAA